GGGUGGGGAGGCGCCUGAGCUGAAACAGAAAGUAAAGUUGUUCUUUUGUUCAGGAUCCAUUUUGAGACGACAGAGCAGAAAACACUAUAUGGAGAUUAUUGAAAAAUAAAGGGUCAGUGCUCUAAAAUGAGUCUCUCUGGGAAGAAAGCGGAGGGACCUGCCUCUAAAAGGCGUCUCUCUGGGGAGAGAGAGGAGGGGGCCCCUGCCUCUAAAAUGUGUCUCUCUGGGGAACAUGACACCAAAGCUAAGAGCCCAAUCAAGCAGGAGAGACCAGCCUCCCCUGUUCCCAGCUGUGUGUCCAUGAAGAGUGACAACUCUAUGGGUCAACCUAUAAACUUUAGAGAGGGAGACUUUUCUACUGAACAAAGAAACCAACAGGAGAGAUCAGAGUCAGAGAUUCUCAGUGGUCAGUCUUCCCAGAGUCAUCAAACAGACCUGGCCUCCAUAUUCAGUGUGCUUGAAGAGAAAAUUCUGACAUUUGUGAAGAACGAGCUGAAGAUGUUCAAGAGGAUUCUUAGUCCAGAACUCCCAGAAGGCUUUGAGAGUCAGAAGCAGGAAGUGGUGGACGCUGAAGAUGAGAAGCAGGAGAUCAGUGCCAGAGAGGGGGCUCUGAAGAUCACACUGCACGUCCUGAGGAAAAUGAACCAGAAGGAGCUUGCUGACACACUGGAGAAAUAUGAGCUUGCUGUGAUUUGCCAACGUGAACUCAAAUCUAAUCUAAAGAAGAAGUUUCAAUGUGUAUUUGAGGGGAUCGCUAAACAAGGAAACCCAACACUUCUCAAUAAGAUCUACACAGAGCUCUACAUCACAGAGGGUGGAACAGGAGAGGUCAAUAAUGAACAUGAGCUGAAACAGAUUGAGACAACAACCAGGAAACAAGCAAGACCAGAGACUGCAAUCAAAUGUAAAGACAUCUUCAAACCCUUAACUGGACAAGACAAACUUAUCAGAACUGUGCUGACAAAGGGAGUCGCUGGCAUUGGAAAAACAGUCUCUGUGCAGAAGUUCAUUCUGGACUGGGCUGAAGGAAAAGCAAAUCAGGAUGUCCAAUUUGUAUUUUCAUUCCCUUUUCGGGAGCUGAAUUUGAUGAAAGCGGACAAACACACUUUCAUUGAACUUCUCAAUCACUUCUCAGUGGAAACCAAACAAUCAAGAAUCUCCAUCUACAACAAGUACAAAGUUCUGUUCAUCUUUGAUGGUCUGGAUGAGUGCCGACUGCCCCUAGACUUCAAGAAUAACAACAUCUGUUGGGACGUCACAGAGUCAACCUCCGUGGAUGUUCUGCUGACAAAUCUCAUCAAGGGAAAUCUGCUCCCCUCUGCUCUCCUCUGGAUAACUACCCGACCUGCAGCAGCCAAUAAGAUCCCCCCUGAGUGUGUUGACCAGGUGACAGAGGUACGAGGGUUCAAUGACCCGCAGAAGGAGGAGUACUUCAGGAAGAGAUUCAGGGAUGAGGACCUGGCCAGCAGAAUCAUCUCACACAUAAAGACAUCAAGGAGCCUCCACAUCAUGUGCCACAUUCCAGUCUUCUGUUGGAUUUCUGCAACAGUCCUUGAACACAUGCUGAAACAUAAGAGAGAAGAGAUGCCCAAGACUCUGACUGAGAUGUACUCACACCUUGUGGAGUUUCAUACCAAACAGAAGAAUGACAAGUAUCUUGGGAAAGAAGAGACAGGUCCACACUGGAAUAAAGAGAGCAUUCUGUCACUGGGAAAACUGGCUUUUCAACAGCUUGUGAAUGGCAAUCUGAUUUUCUAUGAAGAAGACCUGAAAGAGUCUGGCAUUGAUGUUAAUGAAGCCUCAGUGUACUCAGGAUUGUGCACACAGCUCUUUAAAGAGGAAUGUGUGCUGUACCAGGACAAGGUGUACUGCUUCGUACAUCUGAGCAUUCAGGAGUUUCUGGCUGCUGUAUAUGUGUUUCUCUCAUUCAUCAACAACAAUGAGAAUCUAGUUGACAAACUGCAAACAAACGACAAGCCUGAAGUUACUUUCUACAAGAGUGCUGUGGAUAAAGCCUUACAAAGUGAGACGGGAAACAUGGACCUUUUCCUCCGCUUCCUUCUGGGCCUCUCACUGGAGUCCAAUCAGAAGCACUUACGAGGUCUACUGACAAAGACAAGAAGCAGCUCACAGAGCCAUGAAGAAACAGUCGAGUACAUCAAGGAGAAGAUCAGGGAGAAUCUCUCUCCAGAGAGGAGCAUCAAUCUGUUCCACUGUCUGAAUGAACUGAAUGACCAUUCUCUAGUGGAGGAGAUCCAAAGCUACCUGAGAUCAGGAAGUCUCUCAAAACCCAACCUGUCACCUGCACAGUGGUCAGCUCUGGUCUUUGUGUUGCUGACUUCAGAAAAGGAGCUGGAUGUGUUUGACUUGAAGGAAUACUCGAGAUCAGAGGAAGGUCUUCUGAGGCUGCUGCCAGUGGUCAAAGCCUCCAGAGCUGCUCUGCUGUCAGACUGUGGAGUCACAGAGGAAGGCUGUGCUUCUCUGGAGGAAGGCUGUGCUUCUCUGGUCUCAGCUCUGAGGUCAAACCCCUCACACCUGAGAGAGCUGGACCUGAGCUACAAUCACCCAGGAGACUCAGGAGUCAGACUGCUCUCUGCUGGACUGGAGGAGCCACACUGCAGACUGGAGAAACUCAAUGUGGAACAUGGUGGAGAGAACAGAAUGAAACCUGGGCUUAGAAAAUAUGUCUGUGAUCUCACACUGAACCUAAACACAGUACACAGACACCUCUCUCUGUCUGAGGAGAACAGAAAGGUGACAUGGAGGAGAGAGGAGCAGCCGUAUCCUGAUCACCCAGAGAGAUUUGAGGACUGUAGACAGGUGCUGUGUAGAGAGGGUCUGACUGGGCGCUGUUACUGGGAGGUAGAGUGGAGUGGGGGAGGGGCUGUUAUAGGAGUGACAUAUAAAGGAAUCAACAGGAGAGGAAGGGGUAGGGAUUGUUGGCUUGGAUGGAAUGACAAGUCCUGGAGUCUGAACUGCUCUGACAACAGUUACUCUGCCUGGCACAAUAAGAAGUCCACUACCAUAGACGUCCACCCCUCCAGCUCCCACAGAGUAGGAGUGUAUCUGGACUGGCCAGCCGGCACUCUGUCCUUCUAUAUAGCCUCCUCUGACACACUGACCCACCUGAACACAUACCAUACCACAUUCACUGAACCCCUCUACCCAGGGUUUAAGGUUUGGGGUGAUGGUGACUCAGCGUCCCUGUAAAUAAUAACCUGACACAAACACACACACACACACACACACAAACUGGACACACACACUGGACACACACACUGGUCACACACACUGGACACACACACAUGUACACACACAUACACUGACCACUGACACAAACACACACACACUGACACACACACUGGACAAACAAACUGACACACACACACUGGAAACACAGACUGGACACACACUCUGGACACACUCUCACACACUGGACACACACAUCCACGUCUUCCUAUAAUUGUUGACCUUCAUGUUUAUAAGACUAUAACAAUAUCCAUGUUCUAUCUGUCUGUUAAAUCAGUUUCUGGACCACAGGUUCUAGAACAGUUUCUAUCCCAGUUCUAUCUGUCUGUUAAAUCAGUUUCUGGACCACAGGUUCUAGAACAGCUUCUAUCCCAGUUCUAUCUGUCUGU